UCACGUCGCUCGACCCCGUUUCAGCUCGCGUGUCCUCUACAUGGACUUGUCGUUUCAAACGCACCCACCAGCGGCGCCGUCGACAUGGCCACAGUUGUUCCGUAGCUGCAGGGUCCGUCGUGCCGUCGGGUUGUUCGCAUGGCCGGAGCCUGCUGCAGGUGUCCCGUCUCUCUGUCCGUGCUCAAGCGCUCGCUCUCGGCGGCGGCGCCGCGGGGCUGCGGGUCCGCGCCGCGGUCCCUGCUGCCGGGCUGGAGGCUAGGGGAGCGCGGCCUGCAGGAGGUCGCCCGGCCCUCCAGCGCCGCCAGACCCGCGAGCUCUUACCGACACACGGCCUUCCUCUGUCUGUCCUGCCAGGAGUCCAUGACGGAGAGUCUGCGGACCUGCUACCUGUACCUGAACCAGACCAGUCGCAGCUUUGCGGCCGUGAUCCAAGCGCUGGACGGGGAGCUGAGACACGCAGUUUGUAUUUUCUACUUGGUGCUGCGGGCGCUGGACACAGUGGAGGACGACAUGAGCAUCCCUCUGGACAAAAAAGUUCCCAUGCUUAAUGACUUCCACAGCUACCUGUACCAGGACGAGUGGCGCUUCACCGAGAGCCAGGAGAAAGACCGGCAGGUUCUGGAGGAUUUCCCUACGAUAUCACUGGAAUUUAGGAACCUUGCUCAGGAAUACAGAGACGUCAUUUCAGAUAUCUGCCACCGCAUGGGAACUGGAAUGGCUGAAUUCCUGGAGAAGAAAGUGGGAUCCAUGAAGGAGUGGGAUGAGUAUUGUCACUAUGUGGCUGGGCUGGUGGGCAUUGGUCUGUCUCAGCUCUUCUCUGCGUCCCAGCUGGAGGACCCCGAGGUGGGGCGGGACACCGAGCUAGCAAACUCCAUGGGCCUGUUCCUCCAGAAGACCAACAUCAUCCGGGAUUAUCUAGAGGACACGCAAGAGGGACGUGCCUUCUGGCCACAAGAGGCUUGGAGUCAGUUUGCAGGUCGUCUUGAGGACCUGGCCAAACCUGACCAGCUGGAGUCGGCACUGUCCUGUCUCAACCUGCUGGUCACCGAUGCACUUCGACAUGUCCCGGAUGUCAUCAGCUACCUGUCCCGGCUGCGCAACCAGAGUGUCUUCAAUUUCUGUGCUAUUCCACAGGUGAUGGCGAUAGCUACAUUAUCAACAUGCUACAACAACCCCAUGGUGUUCCAGGGAGUAGUCAAGAUCAGAAAGGGGCAGGCGGUGACCCUAAUGAUGGAGGCCACCAACAUGAGCGCUGUGCAGACCAUCAUCGCCCAGCACAGCCAGGAGAUCGUGCAGAAGGUCUCCCUCACUGACCCGUCACGGGACAAGACCCUGCACAUCCUGGCUCUUAUCCGAGAGAGGUCCACGCUGUCACAGUCCAGCCUCCCCUCCAGGACCCACCACCUGUCGCCCAUGUACCUGUCUGCCGCCAUGCUGCUGGCCGCCCUCAGCUGGCAGUACCUCAGCACAACUGCGGCUCAAGCCCAGGGCACCGGCGACAUGCAGGGACAGUGAACCCCUUCACCCUCACCUUCUCCUCCGGGCUACAGACUCAGAAACCCCCUCUGCCCACUCUGGAGAUCUGGCUCUCCUCUCAAUAGAGGAAUCUGAAGCACAUCUUCCUCACUUUGCCCUCUUUCAAUAUGGCCGUUACAGGACCAUGAACAUAUGUAGACUAUUGGGGGAGGAUUGGGUAGUGGGAGCAGGCUGGUCACAUUAGGUUGUUUGUCAGUGAUCUGUCGUAGUCCAUCCUGCAUCUGGAUUAAUUAUUUACACAUGGGGUUGUGUGGUCAUAUUCACCAGCAUAAAAGGCACGUUGAAGCAAUUCAGGGUGUUUUAUUGUCAUUUAAUGUUUAUGCUGAUCAUGUGUCUCCUUUUUAUUUUUCUUCCUUCUUUUUUUUUUUUACAUUUUGACCUUUUUAGUUUGGAUUGAUUGGAAUUAUUGAGCAUAUUCGAACAUUUCAAGAGAGAAAUGUAAUAGAUUAGUUUUCUCAGUUUGAUUAGGCUGAAAUGUUUCAAUAUGCAAAACAUGACACUCUUUAAAUUUAGUCUCAAAUCUUAUUUGAGUCAAAUCAAAUCUAGCUUAUUGUUCCACUUGUGUGUAUGUGCUGCAUAGAUGUGGGUAGCAUCCCGUCUCAGUAGAGCUUUGGCUCAACACCUUGUUCAUUCAAGUUUAUGUACAUGUAAAUGUACUUUCAAAUAGGAGGAAAAAAGGAAAAGAACAGUGCAAUCCUAAGGUGGCUAAGGAGUAGAGACAUGGAGUGUUGAUAUACAAUACGGAAGAACAAUGUUAUAUUGAACAAAUGUAAUUUCCGAUAUAUUUGAUAAGUCAGAGAGAAAUGCAUAUUGAGACUGCUAGCUGAAGUGUCCUUAACACAGCUUUGGUGAGUAGAAAGGCUGGCACACACCUUUGCACAGAACCAAAGGAGAGCUACAAACAUUGCUAUGUAAUGUGAAUCUUUGAUUUGUAUAUAUUUGAACAAAUAAAAAGAGGUAAAAUGA